CCAGUGCUUUAUGGGGCCUAAGGAAGAGAGAAGAACGGAAGCCAGGUUCGACUUUAUACAUUAGGGCCGGGACUUAACCGGGAGGCGAAGCCAAGAUGGCCGCGCGCCCCUUCCUUCUUUGGGGGUUCCUGGCGGUCCUCCUGUUUUCCCUCCCCCAGGUUACCCCUGAAAUCCUCACACCCCCGUAUUUCAAUUUGGCGGAAGGGAGGGAGAUUAUUGCAUCUGCUACCUGUGGUGUCGACACCCCUGGACCCGAACUUUACUGCAAACUCGUAGGCGCGAACGCCGACCAGGAUGAACACAUUAACCUUAUUCAAGGGCAGGUGUGCGACUACUGCGACCCGGAGAAUCCCGAAAAGAGACACCCUCCGGAACAUGCCGUCGACGGAAUGGAAACCUGGUGGCAAUCGCCGCCACUUUCGCGCGGCAUGAAGUACAACGAGGUCAACUUGACAAUUAAUUUAGGCCAAGAGUUCCACGUGGCGUACGUUUACGUGAGGAUGGGAAAUUCUCCCCGACCAGGACUCUGGAUUUUGGAAAAGUCAAAAGACUAUGGGAAGACUUGGUCCCCUUGGCAGUACUUCUCCGAUUCUGACAGCGACUGUUUGACAUAUUUCGGAGUUGACAGCCACACACCUAUCACACGAGAUGACAGCGUGAUCUGCACGACGGAAUAUUCUAAAAUCGUCCCCCUAGAGGGGGGGGAAAUCCCGAUAUCAAUUUUAAACAAUAGACCCUCGGCUAAACAUUACUUCAAUUCCACUUUACUUCAAGAAUGGACAAGAGCAACGAAUGUUAGGUUUAGAUUUUUGCGAACGAAAAAUCUACUCGGCCAUUUGAUGUCAGUCGCUCGGCAAGAUCCCACCGUAACGAGACGAUAUUUUUACUCGAUAAAGGAUAUCAGCAUCGGUGGACGUUGCAUGUGCAAUGGCCACGCGAACACUUGCGACAUACAAGACCCUAACACACCGAACAAACUUGUAUGUAGAUGCCAACACAAUACUUGUGAUCAUCAGUGUGCAACAUGUUGCAAAGGGUUUGAGCAGAAAAAAUGGCGACAGUCUACAUCCUCGAAGAUCUUCAUUUGCGAGCCCUGCAAUUGUUUCGGCCACGCCGACGAGUGCAUUUACGACCCGGAGGUGGACGAGAAUCAUUUGUCAUUAGACAUACACGGCAAUUACGAAGGAGGGGGGAUCUGCCAACAUUGUAGAGACAACACAGAGGGCAUAAAUUGCAACAGGUGCAAGCCCAGGUUCUACAGACCCAAAGACAAGCCCCUGAACGCGACCGACGUGUGUCAGGCCUGCAACUGCGACUUCUUCUACUCGACCGGGAACUGCGCAGACUCCACGGGGAAGUGCGAAUGCCGUCCCGAGUUCACUCCACCUGACUGCGACUCCUGCAGCUACGGGUACUUCGGGUACCCAAAAUGUAGACCUUGCGAGUGCCACCUGAAGGGAACCGACGGGUACCACUGCGAAGCUACCGAGGGUUCAUGCCCCUGCAAGCCUAAUUACGCGGGGCAUUACUGCGACCUCUGCACCGAGGGCUACUACCAGUUCCCGGAUUGUCUACCUUGUGGCUGCAACCCUCUAGGAGCCCACAGCGCGAUCUGCGACGUCCUCUCCGGGAACUGCACCUGCAAGAACAACUACGGGGGCAGGACCUGCGACAUCUGCGAGAACGGGUACUUCAAUUACCCAGAAUGUACCUACUGCAACUGCGACGCCCGGGGAACCGAAGCUGGGGUCUGCGACAAGACCGACGGCCGUUGUCUCUGCAAGGAUGGGUACGGAGGCACCAGGUGCGACCAGUGCAUCAGCGGCUACUACGGGUACCCUAACUGCAGACCCUGCAACUGCAGCGCCAUAGGGUCCUCCUCUAUCAGCUGCGACUCCACCGGGAAGUGCUCCUGCCUCAGCAACUUCGCCGGGCGCACCUGCGACCAGUGCAGUCCUGGGUAUUACCUGUACCCUGACUGCGUGGCCUGCAACUGCGACAGCCACGGCUCCAUCGGCGUCUCCUGCGACGCCGAGGGGAAGUGCCAGUGCAGGGACAACUUCGACUGGGACAGGUGCGACAGGUGUAAGGAGGGGUACUACAACUUCCCCACCUGCGAGGGCUGCAACUGCGACCCUGCCGGGGUGGUGGAGACCUUCCUGGGAUGUGGCUCACUUCCACCGGGGGAGCUCUGCCAGUGCAAGGAUCGCGUCGAGGGGAGGAUCUGCAACGAGUGCAAGGCGCUCUUUUGGAACCUGCAGCCGUACAACCCUGAUGGGUGCGAGGACUGCCGGUGCAACGUCCCCGGGGUGAUCGGCAGCAUCGGGGAGUGCGACACGAAGACCGGGCAGUGCAACUGCAAGCCAGGGGUUACCGAUAGGACCUGCGACAGGUGCGUCGACGGGACGUACAACCUCCAGGAGAGCAACCUCUUCGGGUGCUCCGACUGCGCCUGCGACAUCGGCGGCUCCGUCAGCCCGGUCUGCGACAAGGAAACCGGGCAAUGCCAGUGCCAGCCCAGGGUGACGGGUCUGACCUGUAAGGAACCCUUGAAGGCCCACUACUUCCCAACGCUCCACGAGUUCCAGUACGAGGUGGAGGACGGGAGGACGAGGAGCAACAGCCCCGUCAGGUACGCCCACGCCGAGGACCUCUUCCCAGGGUACAGCUGGAAGGGGUACGCGGUCUUCUCCACGCUGCAGAGCGAGAUCAUCCACGGGGUGGACAUCCACAAGUCCUCGGUGUACCGGAUGGUGCUGCGGUACAUGAACCCCAACAACGAGCCCAUCCUGGGGACCAUCACCAUCACCCCGGACAACCCAUCGGACACCGAGCAGAAGUUCAGGGUGCAGUUCAAGCCGAAGAGGGAGCCGUCGUUCGUGACGGUGGCAGGGACCCAGGGGAACCUCCCAUCCCCGAUGGUGAUGAACCCAGGGCACUGGUCCAUCGCGAUAUCCUCGGAGAAGAGCCUCUUCCUGGACUACUUCGUCCUGCUCCCUGCAGAGUACUAUGAGGCUACGAUCUUGACCCAGGAAGUCAACAUCCCCUGCGAGGUCGGGUACCGGGGACUCUGUCGGCACUUCGGGUACCCCAACCUGACCCAGUUCGACUCUGUCCAAGGGGAAGGUGGGUUCAGGAGCGAGUUCAACAGCAGGAUCCCCUUGACGGAGUAUUUCACCGACCAGGAGACUCUGGAGGAGCUGGGGGAGAGCCAGGUACCGAUGGUCAACGAGAAGCAGGAGGAGAUCCACUUCGAGCUGAGGAUCUCGAAGCCUGGACCCUACGUCCUGAUCCUGACGUACGUCACCCCGGGGAAUGAACGACAGACGUCGACGUUGAUGGUGGAGGCGAACACUGUGGGGAAGGGCAAGGCCACCCUGUACCCCUGCAGGUACACCAGCGUCUGCAGACAGGUGGUGACCGACAAACACGGGAAAGUAGCCGUCCUGAGCUUCCCGUCGAACUACGUCAGCUUGGUCUUGACCGGGGAACCUAGUUCCAAUGUCGCUAUAAAGUCCGUCGUGGCUGUUCCCCAGGCUCGCUGGUCCCUGGACUACCUGAAGCCCAAGUCAGUGUGCGUCAGGAAGGAGGGGAAGUGCGUCAAGGGCAUCUUCCCCGACGCUGCGGACGCCAAGAAGAUCCAGUUCGUCACCGGAAGCGCGUUCUCGGAGACCGGGACCAGGCCUGAGGGUGCCUACGACAAGACCAUCAAGCUGAUCUACCUGGACGACUCGGAAGCGGCCGUCGACGUCCACGCCAAAGUGCCCCAACCUGGGGAAUACGUCUUUGUCGUGCAGUACUUCCAGCCCGACCACCCGGAGUUCGACCUGGACGUCCUGGUCCAGAACGGGAAGUUCUACGAGGCCAAGGUCCCUAUUCCCCAUUGUCCCAGCAACAGUGGAUGUCGCAGCGUCGUCCGCAGCGCCGACGGCAGCACCAGGUUCCAGCUGGUGGAGAACUUCGUCAUCACCUUCAAGGAGAGCACCGGGAACGGGAUCUGGCUGGAGUACGUCCUGGUGGUCCCGGCGGACCAGUUCGACGAGAAGAUCCUGAAGAAGAUCCAGUUCGACCAGACCCAGGAGUUCAUCAAGAAGUGCGGCAACAACCACUUCCACAUCAACACGACCGAAGAGGGCUUCUGCAGGGACUCUAUAUUCUCGUUGACGGCGAACUACGACAACGGAGCGCUCCCAUGCAACUGCGACAUCGAAGGGACCACCAGCUUCAAGUGCGACAAGUUCGGAGGACAGUGCCCAUGCAAGCCCAACAUCAUCGGCAGGCGUUGCGAGAUCUGUAAGACCGGGUUCUACGGGUUCCCAGACUGCAAGCCGUGCAACUGCCCCAGCAUCUGCGAGCCAGAACGAGGGGAGUGCAUCUGCCCGCCCAGGGUGACCGGGGAGAUGUGCAACCAGUGCGAAGCCGGUACCUACGGCUUCCACCAGAUAGUCGGGUGCGAGGAGUGCAACUGCUCCCCAUUGGGGGUCCUCGACGGGGACCUGCAAUGCGACCUCCUCAGCGGCAUGUGCAAGUGCAGGGAGAACGUCGUCGGCAGGCAAUGCGACAGGUGCAAGCCCGGGUACUCCCAGUUCCCGCACUGCGAGAGAUGCGACUGCGACGUCAGGGGAACCUCUGCAGACAUCUGCGACCAGUACACUGCGGAGUGCUUCUGCAAGGCGAACGUCCAGGGCCUGGCCUGCGACGUGUGCAAGGAUGGCACCUUCGACCUGCAGGACGGCAACGAGGAGGGGUGCAGCAAGUGCUUCUGCUUCGGGAAGACCACUCGCUGCGUCUCCGCGAAUCUCUACCGGUCCCAACUCCUCGGGAUGGACGACUGGAAGGUCGCCAUCCUGGACGAGACGGACAACGUCUUCGUUCCCCUGGAGGUAGCGCCCCUGGAACACAACGCAUCUGCGAUUUCCUUCAGCAUGAACCCCUUCGAUCUUCGGUUGACCGGGUCCCCGGACGAAAUCCUGUACUUCUCGGCUCCGGACAGCUUCCUGGGGAAGAGGCUCACCUCUUACGGUGGAACCUUCAAUUACAGCGUCUUCUACGGGGUGGAGUUCGCCGGCAAAGCCGUCCUCGGAGCUGACGUCGUGCUCCAGGGUGCUGACACCUAUCUCUACUAUUUCGCCGAUGAACAGCCACCCUCGUACACGCUGUUCAAUGCCUCUGUCCAGCUCGUCGAGGCGAAUUUCCUGACCCCCAACAAAGUAAGGGCCACCAGGGAGCAGAUGCUGCUUGUGCUGAACGACCUCCAGGGACUGUUCGUCAGGGCGCUUUACUGGGCCCCUAGCAUCCUGACCACGUUGACCCAGGUUUCCCUGGACGUCACUACGGGGACCUAUCGACACAAUGGGGUCCUAGCGAGCGGCGUCGAGCAAUGCCAAUGUCCACCUAAUUACCAAGGACUCUCCUGCGAGGAGUGCGCUCCAGGGUACUACAGGGUCCAGUCAGGACCCUAUGGAGGGUACUGCGUGAAGUGCCAGUGCAAUGGACACGCCGACACCUGCGACGUCGCCACCGGGGUGUGCAACAACUGCAAGAACGGCACCACAGGGGACCACUGCGAGUUCUGCGAGCAAGGGUACUACGGCAACGCCACCACAGGGACCCCAUCAGACUGCCUGAUCUGCGCGUGUCCUCUGCCAGUGGCCUCCAACAACUUCGCGACCGGGUGCGAAGUCAACGAGGAAGGGAACGAGAUCAGCUGCGACUGUCUUCCUGGUUACUACGGGGCUCGCUGCGAGUCCUGCACCGGGGGGUUCUAUGGCAACCCUGAGUCCUUCGGGGACUUCUGCAAGCCCUGCCAAUGUUCCGGGAACAUCGACACCAACGAGAUCGACUCCUGCGACACCAUCACCGGGGAGUGCCUCCACUGCCUGAACAACACUUAUGGGGAGGCCUGCAACCUUUGUGCUCCCGGGUUCUUCGGCGACGCCGUUCAGCGGAAGGACUGCCGCAGCUGCAGCUGCGACAAGUGCGGGAUGGAGCAGUGCGACAACCAGAUAGGGCUCUGCAUCUGCAGGGAGAACGUCGAGGGGGAGAAGUGCGACAGGUGCAGGGAGAACCAUUUCGGGUUUGAGUCCUGCGAAGGGUGCGAAGCUUGCGACUGCGACGUCGCUUCUGAUAGUCUGCAGUGCGAUGGUACCUCCGGACAGUGCAGGUGCAAGCCUGGGGUCACUGGUCGCAGGUGCGACAGGUGCAUCUCCGGGUUCUGGGACUACGGCCCUGAGGGGUGCAUCUCUUGCGGGUGCAACACUGGGUACUCCGUCGGGGUGUCCUGCAACGCCACCACGGGGCAGUGCUCCUGUCUUCCUGGAGUGAUCGGGGAGAAGUGUGACCACUGUCCUUAUCGCAACGUCCUGAUAGAGGGGAAUGGUUGCUAUCAGUGCGACUCCUGCACGGAUGACCUCCUGGACGUGACGGACGAGUUGGAAAGUAGACUCGGUCCUAUUCUCGAGGAGUUUGAUACCGUUGCAGAGAGCUACUUCACCCACCAGAGGUUGAAGUUCAUCAACGAUACCGUCAACGAGAUGUACCCGGAGGUGAAGCUGCUGGACCCGAGCAGCAUCGACUUCGUUCCUCUUCAACAGGAGAUUUCCAGGUUCAACCAGGAAGUGGCGAGUCAGAAGAGGAAGGCGGAGUAUGCCGCGGAAGACGGGAUUAAAUGGAAGAGCGGAGCGGAGAACACCCUGGACGGGAUGAACGACCUGGAGGAGGACGUAGCGCGAGAGAUCGACCUGGUGAACACCAUCAUUACCGAGGUCCAGGCCCUGGCUUUGAACAUCCAGCAAGGAGCUGGGGCGAAGGUCGACAGCGCCCUUAGGGAGGCCAAAGACGUCCUGAAGAGGAUCCAAGAGAUCUCCUUCGUCGUCUUCAGGGACAAAGCCACCGACGAGGCUGACCUAGCCAAUGUUCUCGUCUCGGAGAUGCUGGGAUACAACUUCCCCGUGAACAACCUCAGUCUCGUCGUGUCUGAACUGAGGGAUCGCGUCGGGAACUUCAGUCUUAAGAUCGAGGACAUCCGAAACAUAACCAGGCUCGCUCAGGAACUCGCCGAGAAGGUGGAGGACCUCAACGAGGAGAACAGGGUGGCAACUGAGAGCGGAAACUUCGACACCGUGAAGAAUUACACCGCCGAAGUUAAAGAGGACCUUCUGGCCGGCGAAGACCUCAACGAGAGGGCAGCAAAAUUCCUGGACACCGCUUUCGACAAUAUUAAGACUAUCUACGACAUAAGAGACAAUGAGGAUCCAUUGCCGAGGCUCAACGAGACCAUCUUCAACAAUGACCAACAAUUGAUCGACGUCUUCGACCUCGUCUCAAAAGCCAAUGUACAUUCUCAGGACCUUUUUGUACAUUCGCUGCAGCUCGACGACCUUUUGACCGAUACAAGGAAUACAAGUGCUGUUAGGGCUGUUUCUGUGUACAGAGACAUUGUUGAAGCUAUACAAAUGGCUAAACAAGCAGCCAAUUACGCCGAAGCGGCGACUCAAAAUACAAAGGAGCUUACUGAAGGCAUUGGACAGAAGACGUUGAAGUAUUGGAACGAAUGCAUUCAACUGCGAGAUGUAGCACUAACAGUGUUGAACAAGACCGAGGGGAAACUUCAAACUGACCUAACAGAGGGCACUAAGAUCGCGGAAGACAUCCUGUUUCAGAAUCAGAAAAAUAAGGAAGCCUUGCAACGUAUUAACAAGACCCUAGGGACGAUCCCCUCGCAGUCUUCCCCACUAGCUCAGGACGCCGUGAAGGAGGCGGACGAGGUCGGGGAGCUUCUCCAGCGAGCAAUGGACCGGAUGAACGAAAUAACAGGGGAGAUCUCGAAGGACCUGAAGAGGACUUGGCAGCUCUCGAAGAACACGACAGACUCUACCAGAGACGUCUCCCAGGCGAACAAACAGCUGGACACGGUGAACAAGAUGGUGCCCAACAUCACCGACCUGAUGGCCGACUUGGGGGAGAAGCAGCAAUCGAUCGAGGGAUCCGGGAAGCAGUUCCAGGAGAAGAUAGAGAGGAUCAAGCACAAGAUCGCUAACGCCAGGGAGCUGGCCAACAGGUUCAAGAUCGGCCUCACCUUCUACAGGAACACGACCCUGGAGCUGAAGAACCCGGAGGGUCUGCCAUUGUUGGCGACCUCCACCAAGAUCUCCUUGUUCUUCAGCACCAACAAGACCAACGGCUUCCUUCUGUACCUCGGUAACGAGGAGAACGCGAAGCUACCGAGAACAAAGACGCAUGAUUUCAUGGCGCUGUUGAUCGAGAGUGGGUACCCUGUCCUGAUAGUGGAUUUGGGGUCUGGCCCGGAGAGGAUCAUCAGCAACAAAUUCGUCUCUGAUAACGUCUGGCGACAAGUGAUAAUAGAUAGGACGGGGAAGAACGUGAAGCUGAUCAUCCGGGAGGACAUAGGUGGAGGCAAGGACCGCCUCUACGUGAAGGAGCAAGUCCUCCCAGGGUCCUACUCGAUCUUCAACCUGGACCAGGAACAGUCCAAGCUCUUCGUAGGAGGGUACCCAUCCUCCUAUCAGAUGCAAAGCGCAGUAACCGCGUCCUCGUUCGAGGGUGAGAUGGAGGAGCUGGUGAUAGGCGACAUCCCGGUCUCCUUCUGGAACUUCGUCGACGGGGAGAACAACCGACAAGGGGCGAUAGAGAGGGACAAGCUGGUGAACUUCCAGCCGAGCACCGGGUACAGGUUCGACAGACACGGGUACGCCAUCCUCAGCAAGAAGAACUCCCAGAUACCCCAGGACGGGAAGAAGUUCAGCAUCAAGCUGAACUUCAAGACCUUCAGCGAGGACGGGUUGAUCUUCCUGAUGGGCAAGUCCGGGAGUGGGAACUUCCUCUCCCUGGAGAUGGACAGAGGCCAGGUCUUGUAUCAGUACGACCUGGGGGAGGGAGAGAUAGCCUUAAGGUCGGAUGAGAGGUACAACGAUGGACAAUGGCACAGCUUGGAAGCCCUGAGGCUGGAGAAGAUCGGAGUUCUGAAGCUGGAUGCUGCGAUGGUGGCCAGGGAUGAAGUCGGAGGCAAGAGCAAGACCCUGCACUCUUCCGACCACAUCUACUUCGGCGGAUAUCCCCCCAGCAUCCGGCAUUCGUAUGAGCCGGUUACCCACGUCGGGUUUGAUGGAUGCAUCGAUGAUGUCGUCAUUUUGGAGACCUCUGUCGACCUCAGCAGGAACAUACAAGCCUUUGGCGUGAUGCCUGGAUGUCCUGUUAGAUUCGCCAGCGUGGUCUCCUUCGAGGAAGGUGUUCCUGGAUACGUCAGGUGGCAGAACGUGUCCAUCCCUAACUCCCUGCAAGUCAAUUUGAAGUUCCGAACGGGAGCCAGCAACGGGCUGAUCUUUUUCGCGACUGACCAGGCCAGAAAUUCCGUCAGUUCGUUGUCCUUGGUCGGAGGUCUUUUAGUUUUCAAGAGCCAAGGCGAGAUGCUGAGGACCAGCGAGGCUGGGACGAAAUUCAACGACACCGAGUGGCACGUCGUUACGGCCACCCACAACGAGAAGGCCUUAAGGCUCGAUAUCGACGACACAGAGAACUACAGUACCGACGCCGCGCCGCCGGCUCUGCAGUUCCUCUACGGGAGCCUCUACAUAGGUGGCGCCCCAGUCGCCUUCGGCCUCAACGGCAUAAAGGAGUACCACCCAUUCGUCGGGUGCAUCGGCGAUGCGACGUUAAACGGGGCGAUAAUUAAUUUCGCCAACACCACGGAGAGGCCCCAUGCCGUCCUCGGAAAGUGCAAGGGAGGAGAUUUAC